AUUCAGCUUUCAAUCUUCUUCGUAAGUUUGUAAACAAAAUAGGACUUCUGGUCAUACAAGAACAAACUAAUGAAUUGAAAUACCUGAGUAUUCCUGUAAAAUAGUCACCUGAUGCUUGUUAGGUAAACCACAUAAGGAAAAUGAGAAUACCAUGGCUUGAAACCAUCAACCUUGUUCCUUCUGGUGAGAUUUUAGGGAGGAAUAUGGAUUUCUGAACCGUUGAUGAAACCUCGUCCUCCUACGAAGUAAGCAGCCUUCCCCUCACUUCGUGCUAUCUUGAUCGUUGGCCACAACUUGUUCCUUCUUUCUAUGUCUUCCGGGCUGAGAUGCUCGGCGAAACGCAUACCAUGGCUCUGAAGGAAGGCGUUCUUCCUAGCAGCUUUCCAGACAGCAUCCCUGUAGAAUCUGGUAGUGAAUAGGAUGAUGAUACCCCUGGGUCUUGAAUCGCUUUGCUGUUGCUUCUUGCCGAGGCGAUGUACAACGUCGAUGGUAUCACCAACUUUGUUCUUCUCUGCAGGCAAAACUUCUUGGCAGAUACGGAUAGCCUCUCCUCGCACAUCUUCCUUCUCCACCUCUGGCAAGCCGUAGAGUCUCAGGUUCCAUUUUCUUGUGUAUUGUUCCAGAUCAUUGAGACGUCUAUGGUAGACAUUGUUAUUCUUUUCCACCCUUUCCACAUUUUUUUCAACUUUUGCCACUCUCGUUUUCACAUCAUUAAUUUCACCACAUGCAAACUCCAGUCUUUUUCAAGCCUUCGAUAACCAUGGUGUUCGCGCCUACCAUUUUCUCAAUGGCGUCACACCUGGAGUUGAUGAGUAAGGAGAGGGUAGCCACGAUGUCAGAGUUCAUGUUGGGUUUUUUGGAGGGUGGAGGUUUGCACGGAGUAACCGGUAAAGAGGGGAAUUCGUCAUCUUCAGCAUUCGAAAGCAUGAUAUUAUCCAUAGGCCAAGUGUAGUUAUGGCAGUUGUCUAAAAGCACGUUUCUCUCUUGUUGAUUAGCAAUAGAACGGCUAACUUUUUCCUUUCUUUUUUUGUCACGACUUUGCAUGGACAUGCUGAAAUAAAUGAUCCAAUUAUCAUUCCAGUCACAGGAAAGGUCUUAUAUCUUGAACAAAUAAAGAUAAUAAUGACUAAACUUUUUUUAAUUUAAAUUUUUCACAAUCUUUCUGAAGUUUGGUACGGAGCUCGGUUAAAAAGCGUCUGUUCAAGCAGUCAUCUUGGCACCGUCGCCCCCAACGGAAUCGUACUAAUGAAUACACCCCAGAUGUGGAUGAUGUCAGUGACCCCCACACUUUCCCAUCCAAUUAUCUCUGAGACCCCGGCUGCCCCUGGCUUUAUCUGUGAAACUGUUUAUGGAAGGCCUUUCACACACACAUUCUAUGGUCCUGAGGAGUUAAAAUGAAAUCCUUUGAAAAGACCACCAGUGUGCAAGCCUCUUAAAACUCACGAGGACUAUUUGGGAAAAUCUUCAAACUGAAGCUACUUGCUGCUUUGGAAUCUGGAAAACAACACAAAAGUCGAUCAACUCGUCCAUGUUGCAGGAUGAGAGCAGAGGAGCUGAUGCCUUGUGUUCUUAUCACUCUGCUGGGGCUGACCCUGAUGGAGUCAACUCAUGGACAGCACAUGUCAGAUGAACCCUGCUCCGUCCAGAUCCUCGUCCCAGGACUCAAAGGAGAGCCAGGAGAAAAGGGAGAGAAAGGGGCACCUGGGAGACCAGGAAGAUUGGGUCCACUAGGGGAGAUGGGACAUACUGGAGUUAAAGGACAUAAGGGUAUUAUAGGACGUUAUGGGAAAAUGGGCCCCUGUGGAAUCAAAGGUUUAAAAGGAGAUAUGGGGGAUCCUGGGCCAAUGGGCCUGAGUGGUGAUCCAGGUGUUCCAUGUGAAUGCACACCCCUGAGGAAGAUGAUUGGUGAGAUGGACAUCCUAGUGGCCCAGUUAUCCAAUGAGAUGAAGUUCAUCAAAACUGCACUGCCCUCCCCUGCAGCUGUCGCCGGCAUCAAAGAGACCGACAGUAAGGUCUAUCUACUGGUCAAGGAGGAGAAAUGCUACACCGAUGCAGAGGUCUAUUGUCAGGGAAGGGGUGGACACUUGGCCAUGCCCAAGGACGAGGGGGCCAACGCAGCCAUCGCUGGGUACAUCACUGAGGCGGGCCUGAGCCGGGUGUACAUUGGCAUCAAUGACAUAGACCGUGAGGGCCAUUUCACCUACGUGGAUCGCUCCCCCAUGAGCACCUUCAGCAAGUGGAGGGAAGGAGAACCCAACAAUGCCUACAGGGACGAGGACUGUGCUGAGAUGAUGGCGGCGGGGGACUGGACAGAUGUGGCCUGCCAUCCCACCAUGUACUUUGUGUGUGAGUUUGACAAGGACAUUGUCUGAGGGGAAUUUUGAGAGUGGUAGUGAGUUGGAAGGGCAAAGGCCUCAUUGGAGCUGCAUGACAGAGAGAGGCUAUAAUUAUAGAGAAGCCUUUUAUAGUUAUACAGAUGAUGUUCAGUAAGAAACAUUAUUUUGACACAGCUGCAUUUGUUUAAUCACCCACCAGUGCUAAAUAUCAUUGUACAGUUUAGAAUAUUGUGUAUAGAAUACUGUGUAUAUAGUUGUGUAAAAACAAGGUUUCUUCUCAGUUUUUCCAGAAUUCUGCUUUUUUGACUUGAAAGUUUGAAUUGAAUGGAUGCAGUUUUUAUAAACCUUUGCAUUGAAUGGCUACAGCAACAUUUAAUAUGGACCAUGCAAACUCAACAAAGUAGUGAGUAACUGUAGAUGCAAAAUGUAUUUACUAUUACCCAAUACAUGUUGGAAAAUACACAAACAUGUCUUGUAGUAUGUUCAUAUUGUUGGUCUGUUAUCUUUUUAUAAAAGUAAUUUCUUGGAAAGUGCACUUACAGGAACAAUAGACAAGCUAGCUAUGUAGGUUGGCAUAGAGUAGUUGGGGAUGGGCUUGAAAGUGUUUGUGAGGUCUGUCAGAUGUCUUGACUUCAAUGAUGGUGCAGAGUUCAUGUAGCUGACAUUAUCCAGAUAUUUAAUGGUUUCUGGUAUGUUAUGGGAUAUUCAUCAGCAAAAAACAGAAAGAAAUAAGAUUUUGGGACAUAUCAUAAUGUCUGUUUCACCAAUACUGCAUUCAGUUGUUGAAAGCCUAUCUAUUGUAAAAUAUGGACAUGUAUGUCCUUUUAACAGAACAGUGUCCUCAGGGAUGCAGAUGGUGAAAUAUGUGAUUUGGUAUUGCUCAUUUGCCUGUAAUGUACAACAUAAACACUGAUACUAAUAGUAGUUCAUUUAUUUUUCUAUUUACAAGUAAACGCUAUGUAACUGUCCUACUGGUGUAUUUUGUAGGUUACCUCCACCUAGUGGCUAAUAGUGAAACACUCCUACCACUGUUCACUGUUGAUCUCCUCACAUAGAGCUAUCGGGAAUGUUACCAAAUUAAAAUGGAAAGAUAAAGACACAAACCAGAUGUGGCUAUUUCUAGGAAAACAUAAUAUACUGACACCACAUUCAAUUUCAACCGGCAUACCUUGCAUGUGAACCUAUUAACUUAUAUAGACUAACAGGUUUAUGAUGCUUGCAGAUCAUCUACAAUUUAAUUUUAAAAAUCCAGUCCUUAUAAUGACCUUUUCCUCUCAUACCAAUGUUAAAAUAUGUAACAUGUUACUCUAUAGGCAUACCUCUUAUUUUAUUUAACUAGGCAGGUCAGUUCAGAACAAAUUCGUAUUUACAAUUACGGCCAAACCCUAACCCGGAUGACGCUCGGCCAAUUGUGUGCUGCCCUAUGGGUCUCCCAAUCAUGGCUGGCUGUGAUACAGCCUGGAAUUAAACCAGGGUCUGUAGUGAAGCCUCUAGCACAGUGCCUUAGACCGCUGCACCACUCGUGAGCCCCAAAUUCGACCAGAUACAGAAGCAAAAGGUCUGUCUGCACAUGAUGUAAUCUGGUGAAAACAUUUGAAAAGAUGCCAUGACCUUAAGGAGCAAUUGAAAGGUAAGAAACAAAAAUGACAUGUGAUCAGAAAAUUGUAACAGUAAUCGUUUGCAAUGAGGACCAGAUUCAAAUUCUAUUAUACUGUAGUUCCAUCUAACAACAGAUCACCUUAUUGUGAUAGAUUAUGAGUGAGCAGCAUUGGUAAUCUCCUUCUGUCAGGAGCUGACAGUCUUAAUAGGGGAAUAUUCAUGUUGGAAUGGUGCCCCUGACUGGAACUCCAUAUAUUGGCAUAGCUGUCUCAUCUAAAAAUGUAUGUCGAAUUGUGUCUUUGCAAGAACUCCAUGUAUGGGCCUGACAGGAACUCAUUUUGUGGGCGUAGUAAAUUGUUUGCUAAAUGAUUACAUCUGAGUUCUAUAUGAAUCAAGAGUUUUUAGGCUAGCACAGUUUGGUUUUCAUCAGGUCGUCAAUUGAUUAUGGAUGCUUUGAUUGCUGAUUGCUUUUAAGACUGUGCCUGUUGAUACUUUACAAGUGUAACUGUCUCAGAGGGUUUUGGGCUGGGGAAUUGGAAACAAGGUAGCAGAGUAGGAUCUCGGGGAUCUAAUAACCAAGCCAUAUGUGGCACUGGGGAAUGUUCCUCCAUGGUUCUUUCCAAGGCCUUAUGAGAAUUUGAUUGUGGAAUAGGAGUGGUGUGAUGUUGGUAAUGUAAGUACACAAGUAGAUCAGUUUGUUGGUAAUAAUUUGUAUUCCUUUUUGACAGUAACAGGUUUAGUAGUUCUGCCAAUCCAGCAGCUGUUAAUUGUUGAGUUCUAGCCUGAGAAAAAUAAAGGUGUGGUCAUACC